AGCCCAGUCAGUUUCACAAGAUCCAUCCUCCAGGGUCAGCUCCAUAACCGACUAGUGCUAUCGUACGUGUGUCGGCGUUCGAUUCUAGGGUUUUCAUUUCCAUUCCGGAUGCAGAAUCCUCUUCUGAUGAACACUUGUUCUAAGAAGAAGAAAAGAAAAGAGGGGGCGUCUUCGAAUAGUAAAAGGCAACCGUGGACUAUUGCGGACGAUGAACUUCUUACGAGGGGAUUUUUACAUGUAUCAAACAACAGCGUUGUCGGGAACGGCCCGAAGAGCUUGGAUUUUUGGAAGAGGGUGUUGAAAUACUACACCGAAGGAGAUGGCUCUGGGGCUGAGAGAACGGCUGACAACUUGAGGUCGCAUUGGCAUAUGAUGAAAGUUAACGUGACUUCAUUCAACAACAUUAUGAUACGGUUGAGAGCAGAAAAGGGAAGUGAUUUGUCUGAUGAUGAGUUAAAGACACAAGCUCAUAAGGUGUAUCAUGAAGAACAUAAAGCACAUUUCAUACGUGAACACGUGUGGAAUUUAGUCAAAGACGAUCCCAAAUGGAAGAAACAAAUUGACAUUCCGGAGCCAAAGAGAACGAAAACCUCUCCUUCAGGUGAGUACACCAAUUCUUCGGAUGUUAACACAUGUAUUAACCUCAAUAACGAUGUAGACAAUAUUCCUAUAUCGGUAGAAGAUUACGAAGUUGAUGAAUUGCCUAGUCCUAUUGGCACGGAGAAGGGUAAGGGUAAGAAAGUAACAAAGGGAAAAGGCGUAAAAGAGGUUGCUACUACAAUUGAUAAUAUGUUAAACAAAAAAAUGGAUAUGAUGGAGCAAUUAAAUGCCAAAAUGGCACAAAUGAUUGUGUUGAAGGAGAAAAAACUUGCAAUGAAUGAAAUGGAAAUCCUCUAUAAGGAUACGAGUCAAAUGGAUCCUGAAACGCUUGAAUUUCAUAGAGAACGUUGCGCCAUGAUUAGGGAAAAAUAUGGCAAGAAGAAGUAGAAAUCCUUUCGAUGGAUGAUCUUGUAAUUAUUAUGUAAUGUUGUUAUGGAUAAUGCUCAUAUUCAUGUACCAUGUUGUAUUGGUUUUGAGCUCCUUUAGUAGACUUGUAGAACUCUCAACCCCUUUGAUAGGGUCUCAUCGUUGAUACAAACGAACAUCUAAUAUACUGGCGCCAUCACUUGCCGUUGAGAUA